AUGCCUGCCCCCUCGACAGGCCCGAGCAAAGGCAACAGCAACAACAACGCCCCAACACGGCGUGUUGUGGACCCGAACUCCUUACCUGCCCGACGAGGUCCCCGUCCAACUCCGAUACCGCGUCUCCCCACGGGAGCGCAGGAUAUCCGGCAGACGAAAGAGUAUAAAGUUGCUGCGCGGAGGUACGUUUUGUGUUUUGUAUUCCAUAAUAUGCUACCACGAUCUUUCUACUAUCUUUUAAAAUGGCCAAUGACUGACAAUCUCAUGUUCUUGUAUCUUGCAGAUGGAUCUCAACGAUUGUGGCACUACCUAUUUUCAUGGUCACUUCUUAUGUGUUGUAUGAGCGAUGUGAGUUUGCUUCUUUCCUUUCCUUUUCUUCAACUCAACGGUCCCGCCCUGUCUGUAAUUAUUUGCCAAUUACUGACUGCUGGGUGUAGUGUAUGGGAAUCAGAGUCCGAAGCGGUUGCAUCGGAUGGAGGAAGGGGAGAAGAAGCAGCCGCCAGAAACCUCUUCAGCCUCUCCUUCUUCUUAGGCUUGAAAAUGCAGGUGAUUGUUUGUGUGAACAUGGAAGAGUAUUCAACCCCUUGUAUACAAUAUGUAAAUAAUGUUUGA